GUUGAGGUGAUUUAAAUACUUAAAUUUGCGAAGUAUAUAUUUGCGGAGAAUGUAAUGAGAGUUUCCUUUAAGAAAUGUCAGGUGACGUCAUUGCGCAUCUGGAUGAGCGUGUGAGCAUGCGUGCAGUGAGGAAGUCACAGAGUUAUGCUGUGCGUGUCUGCGAUUGCUGUUCGUGUGUGAUUUAAAUAGCAUCCAGGGAGUUGGGUGUUAACGCAGGAUUGCGUGGAUGUGUGAGGGUGGCUGAGCUACCGCACCGCAUGUAUAGACGAAGCCUGUUCACGUUGAAGAAGUGUAAUAUUACUGCGUAAUAUCAGAAACACAAGGAAAAAGUGCCACUACCGUAUUAUUGUUGCUGGUGUUUUAUUUUGACAUUGUUGUUUAUUAUUGCACACAAGAAGAGAUGACAAGUUGUUAUAUUAUCUUUAUUUUGGGGUGAACAAUUUUAUUUGUAAUCCAAGGAUAUUUUUGACAUUGUAUUUUGAUUUGUUCUGGGUUUUCUGUCCCAAAUACUUAAGUGAAACUAAAUAGAAACUCCUAACCAAUUAUAAGGAAUAAAAAUACGAACCUCACCCAUAUUUGUUGGUCCUGUGUAUCAUUUUCCUGUGGCCACAAUUUUGGUACCAGGAGUGGGGUAUUCCAAGAGAGUUGGGAGAGUAAAGUUUUUUUUAUUGGUGUGUGCAAUAUAAGGAAAUGUUGUAAAAUAAUACGGUAGUGGUGAAGAGAAGACUGAAGAUUCCUGCAGGCGAGGAGAGAUUCUGGUGGUGAGGAGAGUGACGGAUCGUCGUGGAGCAUCGCAGGCCCAGCGCGAUCUCAUUGGCCAGGGGCUAAAAGAUUAUUUGACAGCUGUUGCAUCAGAUCAGAAGGACUUCAAGCACUUAUCCUUUUCAGAGCUUUGCAUAAAGACUUUUAAGGACUUGAUAUUUCACAAUGUCAGAUCCAGAUGAUGACCAUAGCGGAGCAAAUUUAGCAGAACAAAUCAGAGAUGAUGAUCAUGGUAGACCUAAUUUAACAGAUCAAAUUAGAGAGUUGCAAAGUAAACAUGACCAAGCAAUGGCUGCGAUUUCCUCCCUUAAUCAGCGGUCUUAUGUGUAUGUUCCUAGAGAAAGGCACAUAUUACCAUAUUGUGGUGAUAUGGAGAAAGACGGCAGGUCAGUUGAUGAUUUUAUAGAGGAAGUCGAGCGGGUUCUGCGUGCUAGGCAUCAGUCUGACCAAGAUCAGUAUGAUUUUGUUAUGUCUCUGUUAAGGGGCACGGCAUUAGAAGAGGUGCGUCUUCGCAGUGUUACUGACGAUGGGGUUGACGAUUUGUUUGGGUACCUCAGGGAGGCGUUUAGGGACAGACGCAGUACACCUCAGCUCUUGCACAGUUUUUACAGUCGAAGACAGCUAGAGGGGGAAAACAUAAGAGACUUCUCUCAUGCACUGUCACAAGCCCUCAGCUUGGUGUUGAAAUGUUCCCCCGAUGCUAUUGCGAACGAAAGGGUGACAUUAAGAGAUCAAUUCGUUGAGGGGGUUCGCGACCCAUCUCUGCAAAGAGAGCUUCGCAAAUUUGUGAGAGACCAUCCUCGGUGCACGAUGAUAGAGGUGCGAGAUGAAGCACAGCUGUGGUUCGUGGAAGAGCCCCCUGCAAGUUCAAGAACUACUAAGUCUCGAUGUAGUAGUAACCUGACCCAAUGUUCAAUUCUCAAGGUGCAAGAGAAAAAAAGUGUCACCUUAGAAGAUGUUCUUGAAGUGGUUGCUGAACAGAGCAAAGCCAUUAGUGAACUGACUCAAGCUGUAAAAAAUCUGGCUGUAAGAGGUGGUAUUACAAGGGUGGAAACCUUUAGGCCUAGGUCUCAGCCAAAAUUCACUGAGGAUGGACAACCAAUAUGUUUCAGAUGCCAAGUCGCUGGACAUGUGGCAAAGAAUUGCCCACAGAAGCAGAGCUCUAGAGCUGUGAGACCUGCACCCUCUGGCCCGCAGGGAAACGAGAACCCCCAGUUGUUGUGAGUCGGGCAAUUUGGGGGGGCCAGACAGACUCAAAAGAUGCACCUCCAACCUGUGACCAGUUGUUGCAACGUGCUGUGGGUACAUGUCCUGUGGUGGAGCUUUCAAUUUGUGGUGUCACCACUAAAGGUUUAUUGGACACAGGCAGUCAGGUGAGCACAAUAACAGAGCAG